AUUCCCCUCUCUCUCUCUCACUAUCCUCCCUCUCUCUCUCUCACUAUCCUCUCCCUCUUUCUCUCUGGCCGUGUGUCUUUGUCGCAACGCCCCGGCAGUAACCGGGGGGAACCUCCCCAUCUCUUGCCCGAGUCCGUGUAGCCCAGGGGGCCCCUUGGCGAUGCGGCAUCAGAGACGAUUCGUUCUGUAACGUAAAAGUUCGCUUCUUCAUCCGCUGGCCGGAGGAAGAUUGUAGUUGUUGUUGUUGUCGUCCAGUGUAAGAGUAAACAAGCGGUGUGUGGUGGAUAGAUUCACGUUGUUACGGGUUCACUUAGCCCGUGGUAUUAUUAAUGAGACUCGGAGUGUGUUGUGGGGCUCUGGGUCGUGGUAAAUUGUUGUAAAGUAAAUCAUUUAGAUAUCGUCCCCCUUGACACAGGGAGAGUGAUUGUUGUUGUUGUUGAGCAAGCCAUCGUGUGGGAAUUGGUGGAUAUCGGUGAAGUUUUAAAUAAAAAACAACGAAACAUUUCGCCUUGGACAAGUUUUGAUUAUUAUUUUUGUUCUGAACAAGGGACAUCCUCAAUUUGCGCUUUGCAGGAUAAGGAGUCGACAGUGUUCUUCAUUUAGUCCACUAGGACUCGUGACAGAAUCCGUGAGCGAGAAGCGUACCUAAGCUGCUGCUGCUGACUUCAUCUGCUAUUGAGUCACGGGACCUCAAGGGCCUUUUCUCCUCGAGUUCCACUCGUGCCAGUUAAACCCUCGCGAGCAUCAACGGUGUCGCAGCCCCCGCGGUGGCCGUGUCGUGUUAACCGCUCGGCGCCUCCCAUCGUCACCGUCGUGCGUCCGUGCAAUCGCGAGCGGCGCCUCCGCCAGGCCCCGCACGGCAAGCCGCCACCAUGCUGCAGCAAAUCCUACGCGACAUGUUUAUCGAGCCGGAGCUGCUCUCCGAGCUCAAUGAUGACCAGAAGCAGAUCCUCUUCUUCAAGAUGCGGGAGGAGCAGGUCCGGCGGUGGAAAGAGCGCGAGGAGCAGAUCGAGAAGGAGCAGAAAACGCAGCAGAAGAAGCCCAACUCGAACAAGCGAGAUCGCGGCAAGACGGUGCACUGGCAGAUGAGGUCGGAUGGUGAAGUAUGGGUGUGCGUCAUGGGCGAAGAUCCCGCACUCAACCGCUUCUCACGAAACGACAUCCAGCGGAAGUCUGGGGAGGUCAACAAAAACGAGCGCUUCAAGGAGGCGAACCUGAAGGAUCGUCCGCAGAAGCUCACCGCCGAAAUGCAGCGGGAACUGCAACAGGACGUCCAGAGCAGCGAGCCGGAGGUACAGAGGCCGACGAGCGUCGGGGAGGAGAAACGAAUUUCGGAAGAGAAACCGCAGACCCAGGCAGCAGAGGAGCGACACGUGCCCAAGGAAGUCCGCCAAGAGACGCCCGUGGCUCUGCCACAGCAGCCAAAAGUGCAGCAGGAGCCUGCAGACCCACGCAGGAUCCUGGGGAAGAUGUGCGCUGAGUCUGACCGCAGGAAGCAGUGGAUGAAGGCCUCGCACGAACGGCAGCAGAAGGAGGAUGAGAAGAAGGAGCAGGAGGAGGACGAUGACUCGGAGAACAUCUACGCAAACUUCCAGCAGUCCAACUAUGACGCCGAGGAAAUGGCGUGGCAGGAGGCCCUGAAGAAGGCGAAGGCGGCGGAUGAGGCGCGGCGCCAGCUCGCGCUGCGCACGCGCGAGGAGUACAAGCGCCAGUCGAUCCGCGCCAUCGAGAAGGGCUCCGUGGCGUCGCUCACCAACCGCUUCGUGGGCAUAGACGUGCAGGACUGCCCCGGGGGGGGAGGCGCGAGGCUCGGACCCAAGCCCGUGCCUCCGCCCAGACCCACCAAGCUGCUUCCUGGCAAGAAGCCGGAGCUGCCGUGCCCGGCAUCACGUCAGGCCAUUGUGACGUGGUUCCGUGAGCGCGAGAUCCCGCGCCGGGCCUGCUUCAGGGGAAACGCGGAUACCGUCGCUCCCUGGUUCCACGGCCUCAUCUCGCGUGAGGAUGCGGAGGAGCUGCUGUCGGGAACGGCGGAGGGUACGUUCCUGCUGCGUGUGAGCGAGCGCGUCUGGGGCUACGCGCUCUCCUACCGCAUGGCGCGCUCCACCAAGCACUUCCUGGUGGACGCGGCGGGUGACACCUACAGCUUCUUCGGCGUCGACCAGAUCAAGCACGCCUCCCUGCCCGAGUUGGUCAACUUCCACAAGGUGGAGCCAGUCACGGUGAUCGGCGGGGAGAUAUUGAAAACACCAUGCGGGCAGCCGCAGGGGAAGUUGCCCGACUACGGAAAUCUCUUCAGCUGAGUCGUCGCGAGACGGCAGUACCUCUCAUAGCCUCCGUUACUCCGUACGCUUUGUCAAAGGUGGCACGGUCCUCCCUCACCCCACUUAACACACCAUUGAGUUCCGUCACCCACUCUCAUUUUAAAGUCCACGUCUGUGACCAUCGCCAGAAAACCCAAUUCUCACCUGGGUGACUCGGUGCCAGCUGUCAAGAUGGACAUUGUUGAAAAAUUAAGGCAGGUGUGUCGCGAUGGCUGUGCCCAGACUAAUGAGGGCACGUCCUCUUGUGUCAUCGUAGCCUAUCUAUGUCCAUCAAUAGGCCUAUCCACCGUGCAGCACAUGAGCUCAGCUUCAGAACAAAGAACAGCUUGCCUGGCUGUUCACAGUACUGCAUUAGGACGUGAUGUAGGUUCGUCUUCUUUUAUUCCUUUGGAAAGGAGCCUUAAUGUGCCACUGAAAAAAUAUAUAAUAUACUGUAUACGUGUAUGUAAGCUAGUAUUGUACUUGAAUUGAAAUAUGCAGCAAUAUAAUUAAAACGUCAUCAAUAAAAUGGGCAAAAAUAUGAUUAAACGCUAGCUGCCAAUGUAGGAAAUAUACCACAACUGUAAAGGCAGAUUACAGGAGAAAUGUAAACAUAUUGGGCCAACUUGCCAUCGUGCCUGAUUUUGGACCUAAAAAGUACAACAUUCCCAAAAGAGUGCUGCUUUUUAACCCAAAAUGGAAUGUUUUUUUUUUCUUACGCCAUGCAACUGGAUGGGAAUGUCUCCCAUGAACCUCUGUGCGAGCGAAAAAUAGUUUUGCCAAAGGCAUUAUUUCAAACCGGUCCUCAGGGACCAUGCAGUAUGUUCAUUGUACUCAUCUGACAUAUUUUGUUCUGAAUAUUUGUGUAAAUGUUUUCAUUCGUAAUUAGAAAUAUUGGCUUUUGUUUUUACACAAACAGAAUGUCAUAUUUUAACCACCCGUUUUACACAGCAAGUAGCUCAAUGGCUUUUAUGGAUAACUGUGUGAAAAUCCCAAGCUUAACUGUACGGUACAGCUUCACAUAUCCGACUCGCUUGGGACUGAGAGUAUGGGCAGAUCUGUAAAAUGCUUGGAUAUAUGAACAGCAUCUAUAGGAAAAGUCAGUUACACAAUGCACAACUAUGUUACUGAAGAAAAUUACGCGCAAACUGCUUUAAGCACGCGGACAUGCGUCACUGUACUAUAGUAGCAAGCAAAUGUGCUCGAGAUUAAUUACACAUCACUGUGCGUUAAAAUAUCGGAAUUGUGAACAUCUAUAGAAAAUGACUGUUACACCCACGCACACAAAUACUGCACUGGAUGUGGGUUAUUAUUUAGUCAGGGCGGAUAUGUGAUGUUGUACUGUACACGAGUCUGGCCGAGAAAAUAUUUUCUAGAUGUGCACUAUCGCAUCGGUGGAUUAAGUUUAGGAAUAUUUUUUUAAUUGGGAAAAUUUAAACAAUGCGGAAUGUUUUUUUUGUUAAUCUCCCCCACCUCUGUCCACCCAGAAAUAUAAACGAGAACGCCACAGUUGGUCGAUCGACAGGUUUCGUAUGAUUUAAAGCUUUCGUGACUGCAGGGAUUCAUCUUCUUGGUUCUUUCUGUAAAGUCACGUAGAAUGGAAAUAAUAAAACAAUUAAAAUAAAACAUAAAACAAUUCUCAUGACGUUU